UCAUUAACGUUACCCCGGUUACAUUCCACUGAAAGCAAGAUACAAACAUGUCAAUCCUGCAUUGCAGUUUGUGAUUGAAAUUUAACAUUUUUACACAAUUUUUUUUGAAAAUAACCAAGUACCUGUAAGAGGUGAUGACUAGUUGUAGCAGUUCAGUAUCGGUACCCUUAAAGUCUACCAAUGCCAAUGAUGACCACAGGAGUAAAAGUUGUGAUUCGGUAUGUACAACAAACUCCAGUUGCAUUUUGCAGAGAAGGAAACCGAAAAAUCCUCUUAUGUAUGCGAACAGGACGAGCUAUCCGAAAUUCACCCCUACCAGCAACACGGUGAAGCAGAGGGUGAUGUCCGCUAAACUUCUCAAACUCAGAUCAUUACAGAGUCAAUUGAACGACGCCAAUUAUCACGUAUCUGAAUUGACCAAAGAGAACCAAACUUUAAAGAACCUCCAGAAACGCCAGGAUAAGGCAUUAUCCAAAUAUGAGAACUCAAACGCAGACUUGCCCCGAUUGAUACGAGGCCACGAAGAGCAAAUACGAAUUUUAACGGAAAAAAACAAGACUCAGAGGAGCAAAAUCCGCGAACUCGCCGAGAUGUUGAAAACCAAAGAGGAGGAUUUACUGCGUUCUCAGGAAAGAACGGCGCACCUGGACAAACUGACCAAAGACAAACGUUUAGUAGACAAGGAAAAAUUAUUAGAGCAAAUCGAGGAAUACAAGUUGAAGCUCCAGAAAGCGGAAGAAUUUAAUAGUAUCCUAAACAGGAAAUUAGCAAUAGAAACAAAAAUAUCCAAGCAGAGAUUGAACACUGAAUGUAUGAGGCACAAAUCCACUCACAGGGAGUUAACUCAAGCCUUAACAGAAAUUAACCGACUGACCAGUUUAUUAGAGUCCAAAAACAUCCCCGCAAAUCCGAAAAAGAACAGAUUCACUCGGCUCCAGUCAGUCUCUAUGAUAAACUUAGGCACCGAACGAGCGCCGCAGAAGGCCAAGAAAACUGAUAAAUUGGCGACCAUAGAGGACGACGUUGAAAGCCUGCCGGACAAAACGCCCGUUUCGAACGUUAAACUGGAACCCAUCAGGUUCAAGAACGAUGAAACCAUCAAAAAAUCCAAUGGGAUCUUAGAUUCGCCUUCGGAAAAUAUCAAAAAUCGGUUGUCGAGCGGCGGUUCCAAGUCUAGGGAAAGCGGCGAGGAUUUCAACUCCUCUGGAGAGGAUGAUAACAAUUUUGGUGCAUUAUCGAAUAAUGGAUCAGAAGUGUCAUUGAGCAACUAUUUGGUGUCUGAUGAAAAUAAACCAGAAGAGUUGGACGAUAGCGACAGUUUAGAAAAAAUUAACCCGGAAUUGGACGCUGCUUUUAAAAAAGCCGAAGAGAACGUCAUCAACGAUUUCAACAAAAAAGUGGAGCCCUAUUGCAAGGACGUCCUGCAUAAUGCACGAGAAGCGACGCACAGGGUGAACGAGCAAAAAGAGAGUUUAAUAAUAUCCAAAAAAGACACGAACGUAAUCAUUGAGGCGUUCGAGAAAACGCAGAAAUUGGAGGACAAACUGAACAAUUCGUUCCUGAACUUCGAUCCUCUGAACGACGAUUUCUUGAAAUCCUUUUUGACGGAGAAAAAAGCGGACCAGAACGGCAACGAAAAGAAAGAUUCGAAAUUUGGCGAGCCGGACAGGAAGAAAUUGCUGAACACGCUGAAAGCCAUCGACGAUGGCGACAGCUUCGACUUCGACGAAAUACCUUCGCACAAAAAUUUUUCUAGGGGAAUGAACCAGUUGGUUGGCUGAGGAGUUUGUUUGACUGUAUGUUUAUUUCGAAUUUGUUGUUCGUUUUGGAACAGCCGAAAGGAAUAAAAUAUAUAUUUAUAUACCGAAA